AUGGAAAAGAAGGAGGAAGAAGAGGAGGAAGGGGAGGAGGACGAGGAGGAGGACGAGGAGGAGGGAGAGAAGUCAGACCGAGUUGGUGACAUCAGCCGACCUCGCUCCUCCUUCCUGUGCCUUCGAAUGCUGUGCGGGAGGAUGGACAGGCAGAAGAGGACAAACGAUCGUGUGGUGGGCAGGAAGAACGGAGCGCCUGAACUGACCCUACAACGUCCAGGCGGGGGGAGGAGGAGGAGGCAAUAA